AUCCAAAUAUUCUCAAUAUAGAGCCAUUUGGUGAGUUUAUUUAUAGUUCUGGAUAUUACCAAUGGAAACCCUCGAAGCAGCUUCACCAUAGGCUGGGUGCCGAGAUGAUCCGAUUUUAUGCACAAUCGCGCUUCCUCAACAUCGCCAAAACAGUGCGUCUGCUGAGAUUAGUUUCUUCAUCUGACUCUCUCUCCAACAGAAAUGGACGCUCAUUGUAUUGGAUAUCUAAGAUUCCAUCUCGCCAUGUUCUUCAAGCGACAGCUAUUAGAAGUUUUAGUGCUUGUUCCGCAUCUCAAGAUUUGACAACGAAGAAAUGUGUACCUUGCAACUCAAAACAUAUUCAAUUAAUGGCAGAGCAAAAUGCUAAUGAACUGCUUAAACAGGUGCAUGACUGGAAAUUGCUAAAUGAUGACGGUAUUAUGAAGCUGCAGAGGUCAUGGAGAGUGAAGAGCUUUACUAAAGGGCUGGAGUUCUUUCAACUUGUAGCUGAUAUUGCCGAAGCAGAAGGUCAUCAUCCUGACCUCCAUCUGUUUGGCUGGAACAACGUGAAAAUUGAGAUAUGGACCCAUUCGGUUGGAGGCUUGACUGAAAAUGAUUUCAUCCUUGCUGCAAAGAUUAAUUCUCUCAAGCUGGAGCAUCUUCUAUCGAAGAAAACUGCUUCCAACACAGUUUAAUUAGAGACGCUUCGGAAAGUUUUAGAUUAAGGUUUCAUUUGGGACAGUUUUUUAUUGUUUCUCAAAACAAUUUAUUAGUAAAAUUUUUAUCAAAAAACUGCUUAAAAAGUAGUAAGAAAGUCAUCUCAAAUGAAGGUU